GAAUCUCCACCUCUCUAUCCUCAGGGGUUUUGGGCAUCCAGGAUUUUCAGCCUGUGAAGAGGGAAAGGGCUUUUCACAGCUGCAGUGGGACAACUCCUGGAACAGGAGGAUUUGUGCAACACAGCUAUGGAUAAACAAGCCCAGAGCAGUGAAAGAGCUGAGAAAUUACAUUAAGUAAAGGUGAAGUUCUUUCACAAGGCAGCUUGUGAAAAAAUCUCCCUUAUUCCACCCCCUUUCCUUCAGGAUUGCAUGUGUCAUUCAACAAGGAGAUUUACAGCUCCUCUGCUGUUUCCAUAUGAUCCAUAGGAUUUGGAAGAAGUAGCCCUGCAGAUGUGUGGCAAAAGCUUGCAUCUCCACUGCUGCGUUUCCCCACCUUCCUGGAUCCUUCCAGCAUGUUCUACCUCUGCUGGGACCACGAGGAACAGGAGCUGAUGGGGUUGAGCUGCAUAUCCACACUGGCUGGGUGGCAUGUGGACUCAGCCCUCAUGGAGAGCUGCCUGGAUCUGACGUUGUGACAGGAGGUGCCUUCUGAAAUGGCAGCAUCUGCUUCUCUAGAUGCAUUGGACUCAACUGACCCCAGAAGAUUCUUCACCUCUGACCUGAGGCUGCACAAUAGGUUGAUGAUCAGAAGAAUCAAGAACUUCCUCCUGAAGGUUAGAGAGGGGAGGGAGCUCUAGGUCACACCCAGCCCAGAGUGUCACUGUCAGAACAGCCGAGGGAGGGAAAAAGGAGAAGCAGCAACAGGCAUGGCAGAAAAUGUCAUUUAUGCUGACCUGAACUUGCCUGAACCAACUGGAUCCAGAAUCCUAACGCUCCCUGAUGUCCAAGGCUCAGGUUGUACCUAUGCAGAUGUGAAAGUGAAAGCCCAAGACACAAAUGCUACAGCAAACUGCAAAUCAGCAGGUAAAAGCCAUUGUUCCAGAAAACAUGUCGCUAUAUUGGUGGUAAUAAUCCUCGUACUGGUCCUGGCAGUAUAUUUAGUAAUCAGAUAUGGUCUGACUGCAAACAGCCAACAGGACUCAACAACCAUCCCUGAAGAGGCACUAGGCUGCCCCCCACCAUGGAAAAAACAUGGGAGAAAAUGCUACUUCUUUUCUCCAGAGGCAAAAUCAAAGGACUGGAAUGCCUCCCGUGCAGAAUGCACUGCCAUGGGCUCAGACCUGGUGGUCAUUGACAGCAGGGAAGAGCUGACGUACCUGCACUCACUAUCAAGCUAUAACUACUACUUACUUGGUCUUACAUACUCUCAAGAGGAGCAGAAGUGGAAGUGGAUCAACAGCCUGGAGCAUGACCCAGACAUGUUCCGUCUAAACAGAAAUUAUAGUGACUAUGACUGCACGGUCAUUGGAUUUGGUAAAGUAGAUACUCAAAAUUGUGGUGGAUCCUCAACAACACAAAAUAUGUGUGAAAAAGCUGCAACAAUAACAAAAAGGCAUCAGAAGGAGAGCUAAAAACAAGAGGUCCUGGCUGGUAGGUUAUGCCCAGCUUCAUGUAGGAAUUGUGGAUGGGAUGUGUCUCAUUUCUCUAUAGCUGCCCAGUUUCUGCUCACAGGCUCUCCUGCAGCCUCUCUCCAGACUCAGAGCUGAGCUCAGCCCAGCUGACCCUUUUCCUGAUGGUGUCUGAGCUUGGGUGGAUCCUCUCUGGAAGAGCUGGCACUGGCACACAGGAGGAGUCUGGGACUGUCUCAUGCCAGAGGUGGCACUUCCAGGCAGGCUCUGCCAGGGGAGAGGAGUCCAGCCUGGGGACAGGGGUGAUCCCAAACAGAUCCUGACUCUGCAAGUCACAUCCAUCCACAGUCCCAUGUUCCCAGCCCUGCCUGGGCACAAGGAGACCCUUUCCCCACUCACCACAGCCUAAACAUGCCUGCAGCCUCAAGGGAAGGGCAGCACAGAUUUCUGGCUGGGAUCCUGUAAGGAAGGGCAACCCCAGAGCCUGUGAGGGGAUUGGGAAUUAGCCCAAGGGAAAGGAUCCUACAGCAGCACAGCUCUGGGCAUAAAAUCAGCCCCAGUCCUGUGUGGGGAAGGGAAGGAAUGUCAGAUCUUGGAUCUGCUGGGGAGGGCCAGAGGCUGGAGACUAGCAGAAACCAGCAAGGCCUGGAGAACAGAGUCCCAAAAGAAGCUGAUGUGGACAGAAAACAGGACAAUGAAACCCACAGUGACCUAUGAAGGAGCUGGUGAGAAGCAUGAGAGUGACCCACGGGGAAUGGCAACAUGGUGCUCUGACCUCUUUUCCUUGGAGACUGAUCACAGGAGGAAAUGAUGUCUGAAGGCUUUUCCUGCUCAAAAUUGUUCAAGCCAACAGCAGAAACAGCUGGCAUCAGGAAAACAGAGUUGUGUUAAGAAACAGGGAAUGUCACCAAAGUUCUGCCCAUGUUCUUUAGGGGCUCUUGGGAUCCUGGGUCUUGUGUGACACCAAGAAUAUUUCUUCUUUCUGUGUC